GGCAAAGAUGGAGGACCGUGAACCAGACGGUGUGCCUGCUCUCCCAGUGAAGAACCUGACCGGGUCUGGACCUGUUCACCCUGCGCUGGCAGGCAUGACGGGCAUCUUGAUGUGUGCGGCGGGGCUGCCCGUGUGUCUGACCCGCGCCCCGAAGCCCAUCCUGCACCCCCCGCCAAUCAACAAGAGCGACAUGAAGCCCGUGCCUGGCGUCAACGGCAUCCGCCGCAAGACCAAGAAGAAGCACCUGAGGAGAGGGAAAAACCCAGAGGACGUGGUUCGGAGAUACACUGAGAAAAUCAAAGUGGUCCCAGAUGAGGACUGUACCAUCUGCAUGGAGAGGCUGGUGACCUCAUCGGGCUACGAGGGGGUCCUCAGUCACAAGGGCAUUAAGCCGGAGCUGGUGGGAAAGUUGGGCAAGUGUGGGCACAUGUAUCACCUGCUGUGCCUGGUGGCCAUGUACAACAAUGGCAACAAGGACGGCAGCCUGCAGUGCCCCACCUGUAAAGCCAUCUACGGGGAGAAGACGGGCACCCAGCCCCCAGGGAAGAUGGAGUACCACGUCAUCCCCCACUGCCUCCCUGGCUACCCGGAGUCCAAGACCAUCCGCAUUGUCUACGACAUUCCCGCCGGGAUCCAGACCCCAGAACACCCAAACCCUGGGAAGAAGUUCAGUGCCAGGGGUUUCCCGAGACACUGCUAUCUCCCUGACAACGAGAAGGGCAGGAAGGUCCUCAAGCUCCUCAUCAUGGCCUGGGACCGGCACCUGAUCUUCACCAUCGGCACGUCCAGCACCACCGGCGAGUCGGACACGGUGGUGUGGAACGAGAUCCACCACAAGACCGAGUUUGGCUCCAACCUGACCGGGCACGGCUACCCCGACCCCAACUACCUGGACAAUGUGCUGACGGAGCUGUCGGCCCAGGGCGUGGGGGAGGACAACCUGAAGGACUGAGAGGCUGGAGAGAGGCUGCAAGAGACACCACGCCGCCCGGGGGACAGGGGGGUCUUCGGCGGGAAGGAAGGAAAUGAAUCUCUGAACAUUGUCCUUUAUUCCCCUCCCCCAAAAAGCUGACGGUCUUCAGUGGACACGCGUACAACCCAGUGAAAUGUACGAAACAAAACCUGCUCAAUCUUUUUUUAGCGUCUGGCUAAAACAAUGCUUAAGAAGGGGUGUGUGUAUGUGUGUCUAUAUGAAUAUAUACAGGUAUAUAUGCACACAUAAACAUAUUUCCUAUGUAUUUCCUAUAAUCCUAUGUAUUUUUAUCUUUCUUUCCAUGCCUUUGGCCUUGGGCAUGAGUGAUCUUGCCAAAUUGAAAACUGAAGGGGUUAAAGAAAUAAUGUUGUUAGUUAGUGUAAGCAGGGGCUUGAUAUCGUGGUGUGCUGAUUGGCUGCCAGUGAUCAGAGGGGCGGAGACGGGACUGCAGUGACGGUGUUGACCAUUUAAGAGGAUUAGAGGAAAUUGUUGGUUGCUGUACACGUCUGUAUUUUUUUGGGAAGGAAAUGUACAUUGAUGCCCCAUAAUUUCUGCAUUGAAUACUGACCUUCUGGCAGUAGUACCGCUGGCUUGGGCUUGUAAACCCGAGUCACGUCCCAUUGGUCUUAGUUUCAAGAAAAUGUGUUCUUGUAAGUCAUGAGGGAAGCAAAUCCCCUUAUUGUAGGUCUUGUGAAGCAUCAAAACUGAGGUUUUUCGACAUCCAGUUGCUUCUUGCUGAACUGAAUUGUUCUUGGUUUGAAAAGUCGGAUCAUGUACAGCUAGCUGAAGGACUGGCCGCAGCAUCUUUGUGUACCAGGAUCUUGAGACCACUGGGUUACUGAGGCUAAAUACAGUGUAAUAUGUCAAUCAUGCUAAAAUUGCACAAUUCAAACAGAUGGAAAAAUCUAUACAUUUAAUGCAACUAUGAAACCUUCACCCAUUUAAUCAUGACAUUACUGGAUCCAUAAGUAAAUUUAUUCUUGGGAUUGUUGUUGGAAAUGCUGAGGAAAAAUGGCAUGUAGUAUGAUCCAGGAGGAUCCCAUACCCACAGUUGAGUCGUAUAGACAUCUAUAUAGAACAUGUGGGGACCAGCUUACUGCUUCUCCAGGAUGAAAGGAGGCCUAUCCAGACUGCAUCAGAAAUGAGCCAUCUGCAUUGAUGGCAGUCAGGAAAACAUGAGUCGCACAUCAGAACUGACAGAGCGAGUGAUUUCACAUCAGACAGCGCAGUCAUUUCCUUGAUGGACCUCGUAGUGCUAAUUUAUAUUUUCUCAAAUUGAAUUGAAUGGUGUUUUCUGUCAUCGCAUUGUGUCACCAAGUAUGCAAUUUAUGUAAUUCAAAUCAUUUUGAAAAAAGGGUCCAGUCUUCAGUGAAGUCUCCCCAAGGUUCAGUGGAGGUGAUGGGGACAGCUUCCGAGAAUAAGUCAUGCGUAUUAUUUGCACCCAUAGAGGAAAGGCGACCGCUGGUGCGAUCCAUCACGUUCUGGCCGCGCGCACACCGGCGGACCGUUAAUUAGAUCUCCCGCUCAGUCCUUGACCAGAAGCUGAACGCGUUCUCACAGCCUCGGCGGGAGGCGUUCUCUCAGCGGGCAUUCAUCAGACUGACGGACCUGUCUGACGCUCAUCCCAGUGGGUCCCUCUGGCCACAACAGAGGACACACCUGUGAUCGUACUGAAGGUUGUAAUGCCCCGUCACGCUGAUGCUGCAAGGGGAAUUUUAGUUUCCUCUACCCCUGAGCUGGGUAAGGCAAAAUGCUUAGAAGGGAACCUUUUGUUUCUGUCAAGGAGCUCCGGGGACCCUCUGACGUAACGCAGUUGCUUGUGUCAUUUCCCUUUGCCCGGAGGGAGCUGUCCUGCCCCUGCAUAAUGCAUUCUCCCGGAGGAUGGCCCCUAAAAUAUUUAAUCAAUUUUAAUUACUGAAAAUGUUUUUGAAUCCGAAAGGGAUUAAUGGUGAAAUUGAUGGCGUGUUGCCCUUGUUGUCAGCAAGGCUUGUCGUUAAAUCCU